AUGCCGCCCCGGUUGAAUCUAUUCUCAGCAAAUAAGGCUGUCUUGGCCCUCCGCCAGUCGACCGUCCCUUCCGUGGCCUCGCCGAGUAUCGCUCUCCCUCUUCGAUUCGGUGUCGAGCAGACGACCUUGGCCCAAAAACGAUGGAACUCGUCCAAGAAGGAACCCAAUCCGGAUGAGCAGGUAUUCCCGACGCAAGACCAACUGCCUCAUGUCAGUGAAGAGGCUGCCGAGAUCGACCGAAUCAUGAGUAAGGAGAAGAGCUGCGAUGGCCAGCUAACACAGCCGGAAUUGGAUCAAGGAACUCCAGUUGAGGAGAUUCUCCAGCGCGACGAAAAGGCGAUGAAGCACAUGCCCAAGAUUAUGCAGCAGCAAUUGAAGAAGUCUGGUGGCACUCGCUCCUUUUCUACCUCUGCCCGCAGUAACCAGCCGGGCGUGGAGGAUUCUCUCCAUGCCGAUGCGUCCGCUGCGAUGCUUGCCGAUAUGAUUCAGCAGGUCAACUCGCAAGCGCUCGAGCGCAACCCAGGCUUGAAGUUCGAUGCGCCAGAGAUACCUGCCAAGACCAUGAACUUCCGGAAACGCUACGACUCGCUACAGGAGCAGUUCACUAAAAUGCUGAUGCAAGAUGGAAAACUGGCCCGGGCUCAGAAUAACAUGUCUAUCAUUCUGGACCACCUUCGCACUUCUUCUGCUCCCAAUCCCAACCCGCGCCGUCCUCUCAUUGGCGGACCCCCGGCUCCUCAGCUGCCUCUCGACCCUGUUCUCUACCUGACCCUGAUCGUUGAUUCAGUGGCUCCUCUUUUCCGUAUUCGUCAGGUGAAGGGUAUUGCCGGUGGUGGUACUGCCGUGCAGAUUCCUCACCCAUUGAACCUGCGCCAGCGCCGCCGUGCGGCCAUCAAGUGGAUCAUCGAUGCCUCGGAGAAGCGACGUGACGCGCAACUGGCCCACCGGGUUGCCAACGAGUUGGUUGCGGUUGCAGAGGGCCGAAGCGGUGUUUGGGACCGACGAGACGGUCAGCACAAGAUGGCGGACCCCUCUUUCCAGUUGGACAAUUGUUCGCUCCGGUCGAUCUCCUUCGGUACCAACUCGACGGUGGCUCCUCCAUCGAGUAACGAAUCCUUCGAGCUUGCCAACUUCCAAACUGCCAGAGACCCUGCCUCGAGAGCGCCCGCGUCCACAUCGGCUACUCACAGUCGCUUGCCGGGCUCUGGAUUUGGACAAGAGGCGGACCAGGAGAAGGCAACCUCGUCGGAACAUCGCCCUCGGGCAACCCGCUUCACUCGACUCAGGUACUGGGCUGAGACCCUUCGACGCCGGGCUCAAAACGCAAGUCUCCCCCAGGCUGACCGUGAUCCAGAGAUCUCAGCCAAGAUGAAGUUCUCGCACAGCAUUCAGUUCAAUGCGGUGCCGGAUUGGAGUUCCAACUACAUCGCAUACAGCAAUCUUAAGAAACUGAUUUAUACUCUCGAGAAGCUCAACAACCGGCAUGAGGGUCAGAAUGGCGCGGAUGUCGAGUCCGCUCCGCUGCUUGGCGCGCAUCAAGUGACCAACCCCGAUGGCAUCUUUAAACGCGCCCUGGAUGCAGAGCUAGAUAAGAUCUGCAGCUUCUAUGAGCAGAAACAGGAGGAAAUCUUUCAUUCCACAGAUGACCUAAUUCGGGAGGCCAUGGUCUAUCUGUCCGAAAACGGACGGCUUCAACAUGGAUCCGGUCAGCGAGACUAUCGUCAAAGCCAGAACCUUGAAUUCGAAUUCUCGUCGGAGCACUGUUUCCGUGGCGGCAGUGAAGAUAGUGAUGAAGAUCCGGGCCAUGAAAUGAACAACUCUCGCAUGAGGAUGAUGCAAUCGACUGAUGGGGAGUCUACAGCGGAGGACGGUCACCCAGGUGACAUGGUGGACUCGUCUUUCUUUGGCCUAGCCAGCAGUCGAGCGCCCCAUGAUACCGACUUGAGUGAUCAGGAUUUUCUUGCUCUCUACAGUGCCGGAGUAUCACUAAAAAAGCGACUCAUUGAGGCCUACGUUUCUCUCUGUGAGCUGAGAUCAUUCAUUGAGCUCAACAAGACUGGUUUUUCGAAGGCACUGAAGAAGUACGACAAGACUCUGUUCCGCUCUCUCCGUCGUGACUAUAUGUCCUCGGUCGUCCAACCGGCGAUGCCUUUCACCGAGGAAACCAUGGAAGCAGUGGAUAGUUACAUCAGCAAAGUGGAGGGCGCCUAUGCUGAUAUCGUUACCAAGGGUAAUCGAUCUUUAGCUAGCCGUGAACUGCGCCUCCACCUGCGUGAGCACGUCGUCUGGGAACGAAACACUGUUUGGCGCGAAAUGAUCGAGAUCGAACGUCGUGCUCAGGCCGCCAAUGGUGACAAGCAAGAGAUUCGUACGAAAGAGAUUUCUACUCCGCUGGGCAAACUGCAUUUCCCGCUGUGGCUUUGCAGUUUGAGCUUUGGUACAUUGAUCUUCAGUAUUUCCGUCUUUGGUGCCCUUCUUUCGUUGCAGAUCAUGGAGACUCCAGAGCAACAGAACUGUUUGGCGAUGUUAGUUCUGGUCAGCAUUCUUUGGGCUACCGAGGUAAAAGAAGACCUUCCCUCAAUUCUGUCUCAGCUCUUUCUGACAAUUUCGCAGGCUAUUCCUCUGUUUGUGACAUCACUUUUGAUUCCGUUCUUAGUUGUUGUCUUGGGCAUCAUGCGUUCCGAAGAUAAACCUCAUAAGCGAUUGGGUCCUAAGGAGGCAACGAGCGUGGUGUUUGCAUCUAUGUGGACUCCUGUGAUCAUGCUGCUGCUUGGCGGCUUCACAAUUGCGGCAGCAUUGUCAAAGUAUGAUAUUGCUCGUCGGAUGGCCAUGUUCGUGCUCAGCAAAGCCGGAUCAAAGCCUAGCGCCGUGCUGUUAACCAACAUGUUCGUGAGCAUGUUCCUGAGUAUGUGGAUUAGUAACGUCGCCUCUCCUGUGCUGUGUUACUCGAUCAUCCAGCCUCUGCUGCGAAACCUCUCUCCGGAUUCCAACUUCGCCAAGGCCCUCGUUUUGGGUAUCGCGCUGGCCGCCAACGUUGGCGGUGCGGCGUCCCCGAUUGCAUCGCCACAAAAUAUCAUUGCGCUGCAGAACAUGUACCCGAGCAUCAGCUGGGGCACUUGGUUCUUCAUUUCGCUGCCGGUCUGCAUCAUCUCGAUCUUCUUGAUCUGGGGGCUCCUGAUCGUGACAUUCCACCCUGGACGCAAUGCGACUGUUGUUCCCAUGCGUCCCGUCAAUGACCGCUUCACAGGCACUCAGUACUUCAUCAGUGCCGUGACCCUCGUAACGAUCGCUCUCUGGUGUGUCAGCCACCAGCUCGAACACGUGUUUGGCGACAUGGGUGUCAUUGCCAUCAUUCCUCUCGUGUUGUUCUUCGGCACUGGCAUUCUCAAUAAGGAAGACUUCAACAAUUUCCUAUGGACAAUCAUCAUUCUUGCUGCGGGUGGUCUGUGCCUGGGCAAAGCUGUCACUUCAUCCGGGUUGUUGCACACCAUCGCUAGCGGAAUCACAGCCCGUGUCGAACACCUCAGUCUGUAUAGUCUACUUCUCGUCUUCUCGGCUUUGAUCCUUGUCAUUGCAACUUUUAUCUCUCACACCGUUGCGGCCCUGAUCAUGUUACCCUUGGUUCGCCAAAUCGGCGUUAACAUGGAGAAUCCGCACCCCAAUCUGCUGGUCAUGGCCAGUGCGCUGAUGUGCUCUGUCGCGAUGGCACUGCCCACUAGUGGCUUCCCCAACAUGACCGCCAUCAUGACCGAAGUGCCCACGACCGGCCAGCGCUACCUUCAGGUACGCCAUUUCCUCACUCGUGGUAUCCCAGCCAGUCUCAUGGCCUUUGUGGUGAUCGUCACCCUUGGGUAUGGUCUGAUGUAUAUCGCGGGAUUGUAA